UAACAGUGUUUGCCUCAGAAGAAAAACUACAGACGAAGUGCUCAUAUUAGAGAAGAAAAGGCAGUGUCGUUUUUUUUUUAACAUCUCUCUUACGCUGAAGCUUGUGUUUCCUUUAUGUCGAAAGCUAACAUUGGUACUGAUAUGGAUUUCUUACAGCUGUCGGACGGCGUCACGGGUGAAUCCACCAAGACGGAAAAACACCCUGUGGAGUCACUCCGAGAAAAGGAACCGACGCUGACUGAUUUCAGCAACAUUUACUGCAAAGACCUUCUUCCAACUUUGGGAGGCGAAGGGAUGACGAGGGAAUUUCUGCAGGAGAUCGUCAACCUAUUGAUAAAUUACAUCUGCAAGUCCUAUCACAGAAAUUCCAAGGUUUUGGAUUUUCACCACCCUCACCAACUCAAAGAAGGACUCGAAGGUUUUAGUCUGGACCUGCCUGAAAGACCAGACACUCUUGAGCAAAUAUUAGUGGAUUGUCGAGACACACUGAAAUAUGGUGUCAGCACAGGCCAUCCUCGCUUUUUCAACCAACUGUUUGCAGGUCUUGAUGUGAUUGGUGUGGCUGGCGAAUGGCUGACAUCGAUUGCCAACACUAACAUGUUUACAUACGAGGUGUCUCCGGUCUUUACUCUUAUGGAGGAAAUUCUUCUGAAGAAGAUGCAAAGUAUUGUGAGAUGGUCUGAAGAUGAGGGAGAUGGUAUCUUCUCUCCAGGAGGCACAAUCUCCAAUCUGUACAGUAUGCUGGUGGCCAGAUAUUAUUUCUACCCGGAAGUGAAGACAAGAGGAAUGGGCGCUGUGCCUCACUUGGCCCUUUUCACUUCCGAACAUAGUCACUAUUCAGUCAAGAAGUCUGCUGCAGUGCUGGGUCUGGGCAUUGAAAAUGUGCUGCUUGUGAAAUGCGAUGAAAGGGGGAAAAUGAUUCCAGAAGAACUUGAGGCUUCCAUUCUUGCAGCUGUAGAAAAGAACAUGGUUCCAUUCUAUGUGAACGCAACAGCAGGCACGACCUUGUACGGCGCUUUUGAUCCGCUCGAUGCCAUUGCAGACAUCUGUCAGAGACGCGCUUUAUGGAUGCAUGUGGAUGCAUCCUGGGGCGGAGGCUUACUUUUGUCGGACAGACACAGGACGAAACUACAGGGCAUUGAAAGAGCCUGGUCAGUAACAUGGAACCCUCACAAGAUGAUGGGCGUUCCCCUGCAGUGCUCGGCGAUACUGAUCAAGAAGAAAGGCCUCUUGCAACAGUGCAACGAAUUAGGAGCGCCGUAUCUUUUUCAGAAAGACAAAUUCUACGACGUGAGCUACGAUACCGGAGAUAAGAGCAUCCAGUGCGGCAGACACGUGGAUGUCUUCAAACUUUGGCUCAUGUGGAAGGCAAAGGGUACGGAGGGCUUCGGUGCUCAGGUCAACAAGUGCUUGGGAAAUGCAGAGUAUUUGCACGAUCGACUGCAAAAGAGGAAAGACUUUGAAUUAGUCUUCCAAAACAAACCGGAGCACAGCAAUGUGUGUUUCUGGUAUAUUCCUCCCAGUCUGAGAAGCGUGCCACCUGGCGCCGAGCGAGACGAGAGACUCAGUCAGGUAGCUCCUCAGAUCAAAGGAAGGCUGAUGGAAAAGGGCUCCGUCCUGAUUGGCUAUCAGCCUACAAGCACCAAAGUCAAUUUCUUCCGAUGUGUGUUUGCCAACCCUGCUACGCAGCGGGAGGACAUCGACUUCCUACUGGAGGAGAUAAACCGUGUGGGCCGUGAUUUAUGACAGAGCGGUUCAGAUUAUUAUUUGUUUGAAUUGAAGAUGCUUGGAUUCGAACUCGUCAUGUUAAUCAUCUCUCAAUGUCAUUUUCAUUGCAUUCUUUCACUCAUUCAAUCGAAAAUGCUGCGGAAAAGCGUUGGCCCCCUUCUCAAAAUGGAAUGGUUCACAUCAAACAAAUGGUGCUUUUUAUGAAGAAAAAGAUAGCGGGCCCUGUGUGGAAAGAGAGUGUGACCUCAAGAUGGAGGCCACUUGGGUUCUGCAGCAGGAAAACAAAAGCAGAUCAGCAAGUCAACAUGUCAAUGACUUCAAAAAGGCUUUGGAGUGAGUGGCCGAGUCAAAGACAGGAAUUCAUUGGGAUUGAAAUGUUGUAGCGUGACCUUAUGAGGCCGUCAAGGCUCGAAAACCUUUCAUUGUUGCCGAAUGAAAACAAAAUAUCUCCAAAGAGAUAUUACUGGCCUUACUUUUUCACACGAGGCCAGGUAGCUUUCAAGCGGUUUUUUUUCCCUUCAAUUAAAGCACCAUUUAAAGACUGCCUUUUAUUGUCUUUGAUCAUUUGGUGGAUGAUCUUCUACAUUAACGUGGGGAAACUAUGCAUAAAAUCGAAUCAUUUAAGGGGGCCGAUACUUUUUUUUUUUUUUUUUUGAUUGAUUUUUAGUAUGUGACCAUUUGUACACUCGUGCUACUGAUUGCAUUCUGCGGGAGUCCGAAUCCAAUCUCAGGACAACCAGUUCAAUUUUCUUCAAUUUGCAUUUUCAGUACAGUACAUUUCAAAAUCAAAUCAAGCUGCCAAAAUGGGUUAAAGCAGUAUUUUUUUGCCCCCCUUAAAGGAGGAGCUGAAAAGUGAUUUGUCAGAUAAUACAUUUGAGGUACUUUGAGCAUGCUCGGGUGCCUCCAUUGCCGAGGCGCCAUCCCCGCAGCCCCGCCUCAAGAUGCGCAGCGCUCGCUGUUCAUGAGACCCUUUCUCUCUAACAUCUCCCCUGGCAUGCCGGCAUAAGUUCGAGAUGGUGUGCAACACAAAAUAUGCAGCAGUGGCGCGGUGGACGACUGGGUAGCGCAGCCGCGCCUCACAGUUCUGAGGACCCGGGUUCAAAUCCGGCGUCGUCUGUGUGGAGUUUGCAUGUUUGCAUGUUUCUCCCCUUGCCCGCGUGGGUUUUCUUCGGUUUCCUCCCACAUCCCCAAAACAUGCACGGUAGGUAAACUGAAGACUCUAAAUUGCCCGUAGGUGCGGAUGCGAGUGCGACUGGUUGUUUGUUUGCAUGUGCCCUGCGAUCGGCAGGCAACCAGUUGAGGGCGUACCCCGCCUCUCUCACAAAGAUAGCCGGGAUGGGCUCCAGUACGCCCAAGAUGCUCGCGAGGAUAAGUGGUACGGAAUAUCAACGAAUGAAUUCGUGUCGAAUGAGUACAAUACGCAUUUGCAUCUUCGAAUGGCAACUCCAAAUGUUUUGUCUGUCGAGAGCAAAAAUAAAGGUAUGGCCUCAUUGAUGGAAAGUCGUUUUUUUUUUAUACAUUUGUGGAGUUUGAUUGUAUUUAUUGAGAAUACCAGUAAUUGAAACACGGCCACCGCAAUGCAGGACAACCCAGCCUUCCUUUUUGAGUAUGUAUGUAACCAAAACCAGCUCAUGGAUUUACUCGUAUAAUGCCGAAAUCAAGUCUGACUCAUGCGAGUAUUCUUGUCUUGUUAUUUUAUUGAGUGUGUCUUUGAAGUCAACUUUUGGGAAAAACAUGAUACAAAAUGAUCAGUGGUUAAAACUGCAACACUGUCCAAAUUGUAAUGAUGUCAAAUACUUUUGAAGCAUGAAUGAAGCAUUUGGAUGCAAUUAAAAUGUGUCUCUCUUUGA